AGAAAAAAAGAUAGUGGUAAUUAAUAAAUCAUAAUCAUUAACAUUUUAAAUAUAAAUAAAACCCAAAUAUUAUCUUGUCCUUACUAUCUCUUGCGGGCUGCCCAAACCCCCGAUCUUUUUAAUUUUUAUGCUGAGAAGGACCCUGCCCGUCCCGCCCGAUACCUGACCCUGCCCGAUACCUGACUGAGAAAUUUCGGGCAGUCAGUCACCUACACCACACCAGUUCUCUCUCUCUCGGUCUCUCUCCCUCUCUCUCUCUCUCUCUCUCUCUCUCUGAUAUUUUUCUAUAACUUGGUGUCUCUGUGUCUCUACGAUCACGAUCCAACGGUCCAAAAUGAACGGAGCUCCUUACGCUUAUUUCUCCAGGUUUUAAGCCCGAAACCUCCAGAUCUGUUCUCUCUGUGCUCAGAUCUUCAAUUUCGGUUUAAUAUUUGUAUUUCUUUUUUGACGCACGCAAAUGGAGGCUAGCUACGGCUUAGUGACAGUUGCGCUAAUUAACGGUGCACUAACGUGCGCCGUUGAGGCAAUAGCUAGUUUGCUAGUUUCGGCAGCAUUGGUCAAAGCAGCCCAGGAUCCCGUGGAAUUCUUUCUGACUAACAAACCUAGAAUGAAAGGAGAUGACGCACAUGGCCAAGCGAAGCCAGUUGAUGCAGGUGGAGAUGAUGGCAAUGAAGAUGAUGACGAUGAUGAUGAAGGGGAUGGGGAAUUUGGAGAAGGCCCAGAGGAAUUAUCAUCUGAAGACGGAGGGGACAAUGGCAACAACACCAAUAACAACAAAAGCAACUCAAAGAAGGGUCCAGAUGAUGGAGCAGGGGGAGCCGAAGAGAAUGGAGAAGAGGAAGAGGAUGAUGAUGAGGAAGAUGGUGAAGAUCAAGAUGAUGACGACGAUGAUGAUGAUGACGAUGAUGAUGAUGAUGAUGGUGGGGACGAAGAGGAGGACGAUGUUGAUGAAGUAGAGGACGAAGGAGAAGAAGAUGAAGAUGAGGAAGCCCUCCAGCCCCCCAAGAAGAGGAAGAAGUGAAGUAGGGUAAAGGCAGAAGGCUCCUCAGAUUAUACUGUUUUCUAUGACUUGUUACUUUUAACUUUAUGGAUCUACUGAGAUUAUGAGGAGGCUUAUUUAGGGAUAAUGUUAUUAUGCAUAAUUAUCUUAUUUUCUUUGCAUGAUUAGAGUACUUAGAACUGUGAGCAGUGAGCUGCGGCAAGUGAUUAAUUCGACGAAAAAUGUGAUGAUCAUGAUCUUUAGCAACAUUUAAUUAGAUCUUACUCGUAGAAUUGUUAAGCAUGUUAUUGUUUUAA